ACCUUAAAACAGUGUCAGUUUUGUAUUAUUAGUAAUCUUGUUGUCCAUGAAUUUCCAAAUUUGGAAAUGGCAGAUGUCAGUUUUCUUUCACAUUAGUUUUGAAAAACACAUUUAAUAUGAAUGUUCUUAGUGUUGGAUGUACAAUAAAUAUAAAAAGAAGUGAUGGACGAGUUCAAAGAGCUGUAGUAUCAUCUAUAGAUUAUGAGCUAAAUUGUGUUAAAGUUGAAUGGUUUGAAAAUGGGGAGACUAAAGGCAAGGAAGUUCAUUUUGCACAUAUAACACCGCUUAACUGUGAUUAUCAGGUUAUUAAACUUGCUCCAAAAAAAGAAAAUUACAGUUCAGAUGGUUGUAAAAUAUUCGAUGAUAGUUUGAUAAACAAAAAUAAAAGAAGACUUUCAGCAUCAAGUAAAGAUUACAGAGCUCAUUCUGCAAAACCUAGAUUAACACAAGAUGAUAUUACUCUGAAUUCCACUGAAACUAGUGAGAUAGUUGUAGAUGGCAGAAGAAUCCCAAAUAACAAAACCACACAUUCGGCAAUAGAAUAUAAUGGUAAAUUAAAAGAAUGUUCAACUUUAAAAAAGUUGAGCAAACUAGAAAAAGAUCGUAUAGAACGAAGAAAGAAACAUGCUGAAGUGAAGGCAGAAAAAGAAGAAAUUGUUAAGAAGAAUCAAAAUAAUCCUCACUGGGAACUUUCAAAUAUGAUAGCUGCUUAUCAAAAACAAAUUGAGUUUAAACCACUUUCUACUAAAGAUGAUUAUAUUGAAGAACAUUUAAUAACAGUAGCAGUUAGAAAGAGACCAUUAAAUAAUAUGGAUUUGUUCAAAAAAGAAAUUGAUAUUGUAACUAUUCCCAGCAAAAAUCAACUUAUAGUGCAUGAACCUAAAUACAAAGUGGAUUUAACAAAAUAUCUCGAGAAUCACACGUUUACAUUUGAUUAUACAUUUAAUGAAAAUUGUACCAAUUUUAUGGUUUACAAAUAUACAGCACAGCCGUUAGUGAAAACUGUAUUUGAAGGAGGUUUUGCAACAUGUUUUGCAUAUGGCCAAACUGGCUCUGGCAAGACUUAUACAAUGAGUGGCAAUGUCAAUGAUGCCAAAGAAAAAGGUAUUUAUGCAUUAACUGCUGCAGAUAUUUUUAAUGAAAUUCGUUCACCAAAAUAUCGAAACUUAGCUCUAACAGUGUCUUGUAGCUUUUUUGAAAUAUAUGUGAAAAAAGUAUCUGAUUUAUUGAACAACAAAAAACCAUUGAAGAUACUUGAAGAUGGUAAACAACAAGUUCAAAUAGUAGGCUUAACCGAACGGAAUGUAUCUUCCGUUUCAGAUGUAUUGCAAUUAAUAAACAUAGGUAAUGAAGAAAGGGCUUCAGGACAAACAUCAGCAAAUGCCAAUUCCUCAAGAUCACAUGCAAUAUUCCAGAUUUAUUUAAGAAGCAAUACCAAUAUGAAGAAAAUUCAUGGCAAGUUUUCUUUGAUAGAUUUAGCAGGAAAUGAACGAGGUGCAGAUACAUUUUCAUCUUCUAAACUCACAAGAUUAGAGGGUUCCGAAAUAAAUCAAUCUCUACUUUCUCUAAAAGAAUGUAUUCGAGCAUUGGGAAGAAAGGGAUCACAUUUACCAUUUAGAGCAUCCAAAUUAACUCAAGUGUUGAGGGAUUCUUUUGUUGGGAUCAAUUCAAAAACUUGCAUGAUUGCAAUGGUUUCUCCUGGUGUCAGUUCAUGUGAAAAUACAUUGAAUACUUUACGAUAUGCAGAUCGAGUCAAAGAACUAGGAGGAGGAGGAGAUACAUUAACAAUGACCACAGAAGGAACUGAUCAUAAUUCAAAUAGUUGUUAUAACCUGGAGAAUAAUAACAAUGUGCCAAGUGUUGUAAGCAUCCCUGGUAAAAUUAAAUUGGAAAAUAAGAUAAUUAAUCUUCGUAAGGAAGUUAUUCAGAAACUUCAUAAAUGCGUAGAAAAUACUGUAGAGAUAAUACAUUCUUCAGGUGAGGAUACCAAAAAUUACAAUCAAAUUUGGAACAAUCUUAUUGAUGAUGUUGUGUCAUGUUUAACAAAAGCCAAGAUGUAAUUAUAUACAUUAAAUUUAUUUUAUUUACAAAA